GCUCAAAUCUUUCUUUUGUCUCCGUCUAUCUCUCUCUCUGUCUCCGUCUUCGUCUGUCUAUCUGUCCGUUUGAAGAACCGGGAGCUGAAGUCAUAGCCUCGUGCCCAGCAUGUCUCUCCCGCAACAGCUGAGAGAUGAAAGUGAUUUCGAUCAACUCCCGGAUAACAUUCCGGUCACUGCGACCAUUGCUGAUGUCGAGGAGAAGAAAGGAUUCAUUGUUUACUAUAGGUUUGUGAUCGAGGUGAAGACCAAGGGCAACAGUAAGUACCUGAUCUACAGGAGGUACCGCCAGUUCUACGCUCUGCACGAGAGCUUGUUGCUGAAGUACGAAGCCCAGCCGGGAUAUUACGGCUGCCAGCUACCGAACCUGCCAGGCAAAGUGUUUAUGGGAAACAAAAAGGAGAUCGCAGAGAGCAGAAUCCCCGAGCUCAAUAAUUACAUGAAGAGGUUGCUAUGUCUUCCUACCUGGAUACUCUUGGAUGAUCUGAUACGGAUGUUUUUCUACCAGACUGAGUCGGACAGCCAACAGAUCCCUCGGGCCCUGAGACGUUUGCGGCCCCCCACACGCAAAGUGAAAACCGUAAAGCCCAAAACAGACCUUCUCUCGGCUCCCAGAGCAGAGGUUGUGUUUGACUUCAGCGGCAGCGGACGCCUUGAGCUCAAUCUGAAGGCUGGAGACGUGAUCUUCCUCCUGCGGAGAGUCAAUGCAGACUGGCUGGAGGGCACUGUGAGGGACAAAACAGGCAUCUUUCCUGAGUCAUUCGUGAAGAUUAUUAAACCUCUUCCCGAGAGUGACUCUGAUGAAGAGGGCGGAGCUUCAAAGAAGGCGGAUCGUGCCCAGGGUUCAUAUAGCUGCCUGCGCUGCUAUAUGCUGAAGCCGGAAGGCAUCGAUACAAGGGACAUUUGUGUUGAGGAAGACCUCUCAAUUCAACCAUCUUAUCAGGAUCUGCUCUCCCGAAUGAGGGAUUUGUUUCAGGUGGAUGAUAUUGCUCUAAACUACAGAGACCCCGAGGGGGAUCUGGUACGGAUAUUAGACGAUGAAGAUGUCACACUCAUGAUACAAGAGAACAAACGGACAAAGUCAGAGGUCAAAAGACCUGUCAAUCAGUAUCCAUGGGAGCUGCUGGUCACACAUUCCAAAGAUCUGUCGGUCUACAACACAGAGUAUUAACAUGACCGUGUGUUUGUCUGUGACCUCCUUAAAAUUUCACAAUCAUUGCAGAAUUUCAUGUGGUUUUCCAACACAAACUCAAGGCAAGUCGUGGUAUAGUCAUGACAUAUUUGAUUUAUCUAUGUGUUCAUGUCCACUUUUUUGUGCCACUGAGCAUUUUUUCGUGUCUGUAGUACAGCUUUCUUUUUUUGUGUCAUUUUAUAUUUCUCAUAGUUUUUUUCCUAUUUUUAAAUCAUUGCUUGGGGUUGGGGUUAGUUUGGGGUUUGGGUUAGGAAGUAAUUUUAUGAAUUUUUUUCUACAUGUUUUUUUUUUCGAUUUUAAAUGUGUUUUCACUGGGGUUGGGGUUAGUUUUGGGUUUUGGUUAGGAUGUAAUAUCAUGUAUUGGUUUCUACACAUUAUUUUUAUGAUGUUAAAACGAUUUUCGUUUGGUUAGGAUGUAAUUUUACACUGGAAAAAAAAUAUUUUCAAGAAAUUUCUGUAAAAAUAUCUAAAUUAAGAUGCUUUUUCUUGAUGAGCAAAACAACCCAAGAAAAUAAGUCUAAAAAUAUCAAAUUUAAGUGAUUUUGUGCAUAAAACAAGCAAAAAAAUCUGCCAAUGGGGUAAACAAAAAAAUCUUAAACAUUUUUCUUGAACACUAAAUUCAAGAAAAAUUCAAAAAAAGAGAUUUUGCUUGUUUUAUGCACAAACUUACUUAAAUUUUAUAUUUUUGGUCUAAAAACUAGACUUAUUUUCUUGGAUCGUU